CAGUGAUGCUAUAUGGAACGACAAAAAUCUGCACGACUGCUUGCACGACCACGUGAUAUGCACACUAGUUUCCUUUUUUGAUUUUUAUUUUUUACAAUUAAUUGUGAUAGAAAAUCUCGGCACGCGUGGUUCAUAAAUCACUAUAGCCACCGCUAUUUGCCGCUAACACCAUAACUGAUCUAAACAAAGUAUCCUUAUCGCCGUGGUUGCCGUCUCCAUUGAAACCUUCAUCACUGUUGUUUUCUCACCGUGUCGUCUUUACCGUUGGCGUUGUUGUAUUCACCGCCGCAGUUCUCAUCGCACAACUAUAACUGCAUACAAUUGCUGCAAUUCCCUGUUUCAGAAAUCAAUUUCAAGAUGGAGAAAAGAUUUACUUCUUCUGAUCAAGAGGAGAAUGAUCACAUAAAUGAAGGUUUUGAUGAUAUGCAAGAAGCAAAUAUUGCCCACGAAGAUGAAGAACCUAAGGUUGGGAUGACAUUUAUUUCCGAAGAUGAAGUUACCACAUAUUACAAGAAUUAUGCUCGAUGUAUGGGUUUUGGAAUUAGUAAAAUCAAUUCAAAAAAUGCAGAUGAUGGAAAAAAAUACUUUACUCUAGCAUGUAGUCGGGCAAGAAAGCAUACGAGCAAUUCAAAAAAUCUUUUGAAGCCAAAUCCCACCACAAGAACACAAUGUAAGGCUAGAGUAAGUGUGGCUGUGUCUUUAGAUGGAACAAUUACGGUUUCAAGAGUUGCACUUGAGCAUAAUCAUGAAUUAAGCCCAACCAAGUCAAGAUAUUUUAGAUGCAACAAAAAUUUGGACCCUCAUAUCAAAAGGAGACUGGAGCUUAAUGAUAAAGCUGGAAUUAAUGUAAGCAGGAAUUUUCGGUCCAUGGUUGUGGAAGCGAAUGGAUAUGAUAAUCUUACCUUUGGGGAAAAAGAUUGCAGAAAUUAUAUCGACAAAGUAAGGCGGCUUCGACUUGGGACAGGUGAUGCUGAUGCCAUUCAAAACUAUUUCGAUAGAAUGCAAAGAGAAAACAAUCAAUUUUAUUAUGUUAUGGAUGUGGAUGACAAAAGUCACUUACGAAAUGUAUUCUGGGCAGAUGCCAGAUCUAGGACUGCUUAUGAGUAUUUUGGUGAAGUCAUAACUUUUGACACUACUUAUUUAACGAAUAAAUACGACAUGCCUUUUGCUCCUUUUGUUGGAGUAAAUCAUCAUGGCCAAUCAGUUUUGUUAGGUUGCGCUCUAUUGUCGAAUGAGGAUACUAAAACCUUUUCUUGGCUGUUCACAACUUGGUUGAAGUGUAUGCAUGGACGUGCACCAAAUGCUAUAAUUACUGACCAAGAUAGAGCAAUGAAGAAUGCAAUUGAGGUCGUCUUUCCGAAAGCUCGUCAUCGGUGGUGCUUGUGGCAUAUAAUGAAAAAGGUUCCAGAAAAAUUGGGUAGACUCUCUGAUUAUGAGUCUAUCAAAACACUUUUGCAUGAUGCUGUAUAUGAUUCGUCGAGCAUAAGUGAUUUCAUGGAGAAGUGGGGGAAUAUGAUUGCAUGUUAUGAGCUACAUGAUAACGAAUGGUUGAAAGGGCUGUUUGAAGAACGACAUCGUUGGGUUCCUGUGUAUGUUAGAGACACAUUUUGGGCUGGAAUGUCAACUACUCAAAGAAGUGAAAGUAUGAAUUCAUUCUUUGACGGGUAUGUGAACUCAAAGACAACAUUAAAGCAAUUUGUUGAGCAAUAUGACAAUGCACUGAAAGAUAAAAUUGAAAAAGAAAGCAAGGCUGAUUUUAAUUCAUUUAAUACAACAAUUGCUUGUAUAAGUCGUUUUGGCUUUGAGUCUCAAUUCCAAAAGACAUUUACCAAUGAAAAAUUCAAAGAAAUUCAAACAGAAAUUUCUUCUUUGAUGUACUGCAAUGCUUUCUUUGAGAGAAAUGAUGGUUUGAAUUCAAUAUUUUGGGUUAUAGAGAGUAAAAGAGUAUAUGAUAGAAAUAAAGACAUAAAGUUCAAGGUAUUUUUCAACGAGAAAGACUUCGAAAUACAAUGUGCAUGUUGUCUAUUUGAGUUUAAAGGAAUUUUAUGCAGACACAUCCUUUGUGUUCUUCAGCUCACAGGUAAAACAGAGUUGGUGCCGUCUUGUUAUAUUUUGUCAAGGUGGAGGAAGGAUAUUAAGCGAAGACACACACUUAUUAAAUGUGGUUUUGAUCAUUUAGCUGGAAAUAUUGAAUUGCAACGUGUUAGUAAAGCUUGUGAUGCCUUUUACGAUGUUGCUUAUAUGGGGAUACAUACUGAAGAUGAUUUAUUGAAAGUGAUGAAUUGGAUCAAGGAUUUGAAAAUUGAAUUAACUUGUAAACAAAGCUCUCCUGUGAUUAUAGAAGAAGAGAGAUUAGUUCAAGAUCAUGCGACUAAAAUUCUUGAUCCUAUAGUAUCACAAAAAAAAGGACGACCUCGCGAAAAAAGGAAGACUUCUAAAGUUGAUCAAAUUGUGAAGAAGAAGCUUGCAAAAAAGAAGACUAAAAAUAGCAGUAAAAAGAGUAACAGUGGUCAAACACAAGAAGAGAGGUUUCUAUCAGUUCAAGAAACUGAAAAUGCAGGGUUUUCUACAUCUCAAACCAUUGAUGACAUUGACACACAAGAGAGCAUUCAAGUAAACUUAGCUCCCUUCAAUCCAAAUAAAAAAUAUUUUGUUGAAGUAAAUCAGGUUCCAUAUUAUACUCAAUCUCAAAUCAUAAAUCAUAAUCUUAGCUAUGCAGAACUUUUAAAGGCACAACACCAUAUGAAUGAUAAACCAUCAUCAUCAGGACAUGAAUGAACCACUGAUUUUGGAGAUGAGAGUUGAAGAUGUCUAAUUUGCAAACUUGAAACAACUAUUUGACUUUGUUUUAUAUCAACAUUUAAAAUUUUAAUGUUAUUGAUGUUGAAGCACUCUUUGUUUUUUAUUAUUGUAGCAACAAUUAGUUUUUUAUUUGAAGUAAAUUUGUCUUUACAUAAAAUUUUACAUAUGCCAAGUUUUCUGAAACUUCUGUAUGAUUUACAAUGAACUUACAGAUGUAGAUAAUUUGCGAUGUAGUAAUAUGCAAUUGUGCCAUCUUUUGUUUCUUUGCUAUCCAACAGAACUAUGUAAUCUUGGUACAAAGAUUAUUAGAUGCAGAUAAUAUUGCAAGCUUUCUAAACAAUAAUAAUCCAAAGUUAUGAUCAUAUUUUUAUUGUAAUCUUCCAUCACUGUGAUCUAAAUCUACAACAUGAUAACCAAAUACAUUGGAGUUGAUAGCUUUUGUUUACAUUUUUAAUCAAGCAUUAAAAUAAAUAUAAGACUAUAGCCCUUAGCAAUAGCAUCUUCACUCGAUUGACAUUCCACGCCUACUGAUAUCCAAGUAAUUUUCCACGCCUACCGAUAUCCAAGUAAUUGUGGGAUUUGUUGAGUUAUUUCACAAGGCGAUCGACACUCUAUUUCCAGUGUUUUGCAGCUUGGUCUCCAAUUAUUGGUGUCGUUCGAAUCGAUGUGCAGAGCAGGCAUUUUCUGAGUUAACUCGAGUCUGCAUAAAGUUUGUUUUGAUCCUGU